CGGCAGGCAAAGCUCGAGAGGCCGCCUUUAGACCAAUGACCCCAAGGUCGAGAUUUCCGGCUCCCGCACACCGGACCUGGGGCGGGCUGGGCCGAACUAGCAUGUCACUUAUCCAGAUCUCUCAGGAGGAGCAAGGAAGAAGCUGGAGAAAGUGGACAAAGGACUUACCCUGGGACACUGUGUAGGGGAGUCCCAGAUACUGGAAGACAGAGACUGGGAGACAGAGGCGCUAUCUGUCCUGAUGAUUACAUUUCAAAGGAAUGGCUCUUGGGUCCUCAGAUACACUUCAGAGUUGUGAGAGAUACAUAUUCACAAUGAUAAACCCUUUUUAGGAAAAGCUCUAAGAACCAGAGGUCAGGGGCCUAUCAUCAGGUAUUGGCUAAAACAGUAAAUUUUCCUGGCAGUGCUGGGGUCAUCCUAGGGACCCCUACUAGAAGCCUAGAUGUUAGACUUUGGUCAAGUUUCUUGGAGUAGGAAUUUGGAUGAGUUGUUAUGUGCCAAGAGUUCUGCAGUCCUCACUCCCUUCUACCUUCUUCCCCUACCCAUUCUGUAUGUCCUUUGACUUCAACUGAUCAUGUCCUUUGCUUAAUAGAGUGACUCAAAACUUCAUUCUGAGGGGUCUGAGACAUUAGUAGUCCCACCUGAAUUGGAUUGUGGAGAUUUCCACUGACUUUACUCACAGGAUAAAAGAAUAUUAAGAGAUGCCCUAGAUCUCCUAUGUCCCAGACAUAUCCCCUCCUUACUCCUACUGUGUAGUUGCAACCCAAUUUCCCCUUGGUAAUCAGGAUCAAUCACCCCAACUGGUAUAGUAACUGCCCCUCCCUUCUUUGUUGAUUUUUUUCUUUUUCUUGUACUUUUAAAGUUUAUUUUAUUUGGCGGGGUAAUUAGAUUUAUUUGUUUACUUGUUUGUUUAUUUAUGGAGGUACUGGAGAUUGAACCCAGGACCUUGUGCAUGCUAAACAUGCACUCUACCACUGAGCCAUACCCUCCCUGCCGUUUGUUGAUUCUUUGAUGAUCCCAAAAUGGUCAAGUGGCAGUCUUGACUUCCAGUGCAAUAGAAGCAUUAUUAUGUCCCCUGGUGGAAGAAUUCCAGUCUUCAGAGCGAAGACUUCUGAAUCAACACAACCUGUCGUGGAGAUGGAAGCAAAAUUUUCCUAAUGGAGUAAUAGUAAGAGGAACCAUUCCCAUUUCCAGCCCUUAAUUCCUAGACCCAUAAAUCCUGGCUGUGGGAGAGACAGAACCAUAUACUGGAUGCUGAUUUAAAUCAUACACAUCCUGGAGGUCAUUGCCCCCAGCCCUGCAAGGCUUAGCUAUCUAGUUGGCAACACAACUGAAUCUUCAAAAGGCUGAUCUAGAACAGUUACAUGAAUUUCUAAAAGUGUUAAAGAUUUCAUGGGCACUGGCCCAUUGGUACACUUCAUUUGCUAUAAAAUGAGUUCCUUGGUUAUAGAAGUGCUACUUGGUGGAAUAACGUGAGAGUGCCUAGGUAUUCUUUAAGUCUCAGAUGGUGGUUUUGACAGAAGCACUGAAGACACAGAAGGCAAACUCAUACCCAGAGUUAAGUGUUUAUUCCACUAAAAAGCAAUCACUUCCCUUUACGUGAUAGAUGUGGUCCAAUCAACCUGCCACCUGGUAAAUGGCUGAGGAAGUUGGUGUUGCUGUUGGCAUAUUUGGCAGGCACCCAGCAUGGGUUUUAGCAAAUCAGCCUUGUUGAGUUGUAGUCCGUAUUGUUCAUCCCUGCCACCAUGGCUAUUUGUUUAGGAGCCCACUGGGGAGAAAAGAGCAGCUGGAGAAGAGGGCUGACUGAUAUCCACAGAACCAGCUAUCCUAUUGUCUUGGAUCCGGACCCAGCACCCCAUCACAUCGAUGCGGGUAGAAACGGCAUUUCUCCUCGGCUCGCGGCUGGCGGAAGCGGCGGCCGUCGGGUUCCGCCCACCUCCGAGGACCCGCCCCUAACGUUUACUGGAAGUGCGCGUGCGCAAAGCGGCGGCUAUGUUAUCGGCGAGCUCCCGCCGGGGUCUGAGGUGAAAUUUUUGCCUCUUGGUGUUCCCUCUCCUUGUGGCGACUCGGAGGGGAAGAGACCAAAUGCGAGGCUCGAGGUCCAGGGGCGCUGGCCUCGCACGCUGACCCCGCCUCCCGCCGGCGCUCCCGGGCGGCGGCCCUUCCCCCGAGAGCCCUGUCCCAGCUCUGCCCGUCAGGGGUCCCGGCGGCAGCGCCGGGAGGAGGCGCGUCGGCCAGGCCUUUUCUCCAGCCGCCGUGCUCCCCUUUUCAAAAGCCUCCAGUGCAGCCUUUGGGUCUUUUGUCCAGAAGGAAAAGCUUCUCCGUCGUUCUCGUCACGGCGACUCUGGCUCCAACGUCCCCCUGUCCCCGGGUCCCGGUGAGCACUCGGCGGAAUGGCUCUGGCUGUGGCUGUUGGUUAUUCAAGUUUGGUGACCUGUGUUUUUUCCUGGGCUGCUUUUAAGUUUAUUGGGGUGGAAAUCAAACAGCAAAGAAGAAAAUAAAUCUAGAUGUGGAUUUCUUUUUAUUCAUUCAGCCUGGGGUUUAUUGUGCUUCCUGGACCCAAAGGUCUGAUUGCUCAGAACCCUGCCUGGCCAGGAGGGGGACACACAAGAGGAAGAAUGGCUACAGGAUUGUUGACAACUUGGUCACAGGACUCAGUGACCUUCGAGGAGGUGGUGGUGGACUUCUCCCAGGAGGAGUGGGCAUUGCUGGACCCUGCUCAGAAAAUCCUGUACAGAGACGUGAUGCUGGAGAACUUUCAGAACCUGGCCUCAGUGGGGUAUCAUCUCUGCAAACACAGUCUGAUCACCGAGGUGGAGCAGGAAGAGCUGAGGCCAGAGGGGAGAAGACUUCUCCAAGGUGCCUGUAGAGAAUGGGACACUCAAUUUAAAUCAAAAGAUGCAAUCUUUACACAGAGUAUUCCUGGGGAAAAUAUUUCCAAUGGCAUAAAAAUGGCACUAACUCACCCUGGUGAGAAACUCUGGGAAUUUAAUCAUUAUGGAAAAUUCUUCAGAAAGAACUGUUGCCUUAUUUGUACAAGAUAUUGUAAGGGAGAGAAAUGCUACAAAUAUAAAAAAUAUGGGCAAGACUUCAGCCAUCCCACAGCUCUUAGGAAUCAUGUGAGUACUCACACUGGAGAGACAAUUUUUGAAUUUAAUGAUUGUGAAAGAGCUUUCAAUCAAGAGUCAUUCUUCGGAAAACACUUAAGAACUCUCACAGGAGAGGAAUCUUCUGAGUGUAAUCAACAUCUUAGGUCCUUCAACUUAUACUCCUUUUCAGUACAUGAACAAAUACCUACUGGAGAGAAACUCUGUGAAAACAGUGACCAUGGAAAAAGAUCUUCCCUUAGUGUCCACGAAAGAAUGUGUACUGUAGAGGAAAGCUCAAAAUGUAAUGAACAUGGGAAAGUGAUCACUGGCCCCUUGUCCCUUCAGAUAUGCAUGAGACCUCACACUGGAGAGAAACCUUAUGAAUGUAGUGAAUGUGGGAAAGCCUUUGUUUUUCAGUCUUCCCUUAAGAAACACGUGAGAUCACACACUGGAGAGAAACCUUACAAGUGUAAUCAUUGUGGGAAAUCCUUCAGUCAGAGCUCUCACCUUAAUGUGCACAAAAGAACUCACACUGGAGAGAAACCCUACGACUGUAAGGAAUGUGGCAAGGCUUUUGCUGUUCCGUCAUCCCUUCAAAAACAUAUGAGAACUCACACUGGAGAGAAACCCUACGAAUGCAGUGACUGUGGGAAAGCCUUUAUUGACCAGUCAUCCCUUAAGAAACAUACACGAUCUCACACCGGAGAGAAACCUUAUGAGUGUAAUCAGUGUGGAAAAUCUUUCAGCACGGGCUCUUAUCUUAUUGUGCACAAGAGAACUCACACUGGAGAGAAAACCUAUGAGUGCAAAGAAUGUGGGAAGGCCUUUAGGAAUUCUUCUUGCCUAAGGGUACAUAUGAGAACUCACACAGGAGAGAAGCCCUAUAAAUGUAUUCAGUGUGGAAAAGCAUUCAGCACCAGCACUAACCUUAUAAUGCACAAGCGGAUACAUACUGGGCAGAAAGUCUAUGAAUGAAACGACUACAGGAUAGCCUUAAAGGGUCCUUCACACCUCACUGCUCGUGUUAGAACUCACUCUGGAGAGAAACCGUAUUGUGACCAAUUUAGAAAGCCUUCACGCACAGUUCUUGAGUUAUGUUAUACUGGGACCAACUUUAUAAAAUGUUAUGGUUCUGUGACUGUAUUUAUCAGUGAAUGUUUAAUCUUUAAAAUGUGACAACUCAUUAAUUGAUGAGUAUUUAAGAUUACAUAGCACUCUAAAUUCCCCUUGAUCUACAUCACAAAAGUUUUGCUAUAUGAUGUUUUCAUUGUAGUUAAGUACUAAAUAUUGUCCAUUUCUCAUCAAGGUGUCUUGGACCAAACUAUAGGUUAUUUAGAAAUACAUAUUUUAAUGUGCAGACUCUGUGCACAUUUUAGUUAUCUUUUAGUUAUAGAUUUCUAAUUUAAUUGCAUUAUGCACAGAAUGCAUGGUCUUCAUGAUAAAGAUUCUGUGUGACAUAGAUUCAAACCGAAAAUUAUUAGGGACUUGUUAUGUGGCCUAAUGUGUGAGACAGAAGUCACUGUCCCAAUAUCCAUUCCUCCCUCUCUUCCUUAAAGAAACAAAACUACAAUUGUGUUUAAGUUGACAGUGUGGACAGUUUUUAAGGACUCAUCUCCGAGCUUUCCUUGCAGCUGUGAAUGCCUGUAAGCCCACAGUCCUGGCCAGCAAAGAGGCAGAAGUCACUAUUGUGGGUUCUAAAGAAUUCCAUGGAAAUGGGAGCAUAGAAUCUGGCAUUUUCUCUUUCAUUUGCCCUGUAUCUUAUCUUUUUUUUCCCCUUAAAGGACAGACCAACAGGAUGACAGUCAUAGGCUACUGAUUACAUAAUAGGGACUUACAAUACUAUUUGGUUGUAUAUAUGCAACUAUGGGUUGCUUAUUUCUGGACUUCAUGUAACAUGAGAAAAAUAAAAUCCUAACUGGUUUAAAACA